AUGUUCUCUCAGGCUUACAACAAUGCAAAUUGCUUGCUGGGGAAGCCAGACCCUCAAACUGGGACCUUCUCGAUGGUGCAAGAUUUCGGCUCGCUCGAGGCAAAUUCAGGAUUAGGCCCUAGCUAUAAAUUCUCAAUGGGAUUCAGCACACUCGGUACACUCAAUGGUGGGAACAGGACAGGGAUGGGGUGUGGGUUUGGUCUCAAAUGUGGCAGCUACAGUGCUAGUUCAGGCACCCUCACACUCAAUGGUGGGGAUUCGUACAAAGUCCUUUUUGCAGGGACAGGCAAAUGGGUCCUUAGCCACAAAGCACAGGAUAUCACUGUCGAGUCAAAUGGCAUAGAUGAGGCCUAUAUCUAUCAUAAGAACGGUGACGUUGAGUUUUUCAAGUCUGAUUUUGACACAGGCAAUACUGAUAUGUAUCUCUCACGCUAUACGAAGGCUGAUGGUCGGUACCUUGAAUUCUCUUAUAUGUAUUACACUAGCUACUAUCGUUUGACUGGAGUUAGGGACAGUGACAACGAGCUUGCUGCCAUUACUUAUGAUAGUGAUAACCUCACUAAAGUCACUGUGUAUCCAUCGUCCUCGACCGAGAAGCAGGAAUAUACUCUCAAUUUCAAUGCUGAUGGUACACUGUGGGCCCUUGAGACGCCUACUGGUACUAUCAAUAUUGAGUACAAACCAAUCCAGGAGUACAAAUCACAUCUUUUUAUGUACCCAAUCUCUAAAAUCACAUAUCCCACUGGUGCCAUUGAAGAAGCAGAAUAUAUUGAUAAUGGAUUGGCAUUGCCUCCAGACGCUCAAAUUGGUUUCAUGCCUGCUCUCUCGUCCCACACCAAAACCCUUGCAAGCAAUCAGCCAGCUAUUACAACAAGCUACACUUAUGAUCCUAAUGAUUAUAACUACUGGGGCAGCCUCUCUGGUAUGAGCUGGACUGACAAUUAUGACGGGCUCUUUAGUCUAGACUGGGCAUAUCGCUACACAUCAACAGCCACCUGUGGAUCAAAGAAGACCGUUACCACAUACAACAAGUUCCAUCAGACCGUCGAAACCGUUGAGACUAACGGGAAUGAUAAUGUCACAAAGACGACCACUUAUGGUUACUAUUGCGACGAGAAUGUUCCACUGGAUGACCAGGAGACACGGUAUGAGAUACAAAAGUCAAAGACGAUGGUCAUCCAAGAUGCAACUGGAGCUCAAAGGACGUUUACUCAAACAACAGAUUACGAUGAUUAUGGCAAUCUUCUUUGUCAAACGGAGCCAAACGGAACCAGUACAGUCUAUGAGUACUACGAUGCAGGAGGGGAAGAUGGCUGCCCAGCCACUCCAAAAGGAUUGGUAGGUUUCAAAAAAUCUGAGACCCUGAAACCCAAUGAUGGAACUGCAGGUAAAACAAAGACCUACAGAUACAAGCUAAUCCCAGCAGUUGAUGGUAACACUAGCAGGUGCAUUGUAACCGAUACAAUGAGCUGCAAUGGUAACACAUUUGUUGUUGCUUACUUUGAUAGCAGCAACCCCAAGGCCCAAUGUCAGCCAAAGAGUCAAACCAUCACUAUUGGUGGGAAAGCAUCAACAAAGCAAUUUGAGUAUACGUUUGAUGCAAAUGGCUACACCAUCAAGGAGACCAUGACGGGAUAUGAUGGCAAUUCCUACAGCAAUUCCUCUACCUUAGCACUAUUCAGUGGUAAGACACUGCAAGAAGUAGAUCGGGUGGGUCUUGUUACAAAUUAUACUUACGGUUCUGAUGGGCGAGUAUCCAAGAUAGUUACCAGUGCCUCGACCGAUUAUGAAAGCUACACUGAUUAUACUUACACGCAAAAACCCAAUGGAAGCAUUGGGACACUGGUCACUCAAAAAACCAGCACAGGUCAAGUCACGAAUAUUUAUUACAAUGGAGAUGACAAAGAGCUCAGCACUGAGAAACAAGAUAGUUCUGGCAAUAUGAGAAAGUCGAGCGAUACAUCAUACGAUGAUCAAGGGCGAGAGGUCACAGAAACCAAUUACGAUUACACUAUCAGUGAUCAAGGUAUCGAGAGCACUUACACUGAUAGUGUUACCAAGGUGUAUGGCUAUUGGGGAGAGAUUGUUGAGGAACAGCACAAUGGAGGAGCCACUGGGAUAGAUAGGUACACUUUUGAUCCGGUUAACUUGCAGAGGAAGCAUGAGGUUUUGACGUCUAGUAAAGGUAGUUCAGUCUCUGGGCCAGUACUAACAACCUAUGAUCUGUUUGGGAAUGAGGUACAAAUUGAUGUACUCACUCUCUCUGGUGGCGUCUAUUCUACAACUAAGAAGACAUAUGAUGGCUUUGGUUUGUUAUCUUCUAUAACAACACCAAUGUCAGCCACUGCUUCUACUAAAUAUGAUGUCUAUGAGCGUCCAAUUGAAGCUACACAUUUUGACGGUACAGUUAUAUCAAUGGAAUAUCCUGACUUCACUAUCAAGCGGCUGAUGUCUUCAGUGAAGUUAGCCUCAUCUGGUUAUGUUUUGGGCCAGCAUGAGUAUGAUAGUUUACUCCGUUUGACCAGUCGCACUGUUGGUGAUGUUAAGACCAAGUUCAGUUAUGAAGGUGCUUACUCUAAACCUUCCCAGUUGGUCAACGGGCUAGGACAAACAGUCCUCUUUGAUUAUAUACCUGAACUGGGCCUGCAGACUGCCAAAGAAGCCACUUUUUCCAAAGAGGUAGCUAUUGGAGACUUUGGCAAUUCCUCAAAGGUGUCUGAAAAGACAUUCACUUAUGCCAAAUCAUCCACUCCUGAAGGUUUUCUAGGUCGUCUUGUCUCUGCCUCUUCUCCUGGUACUGGACAUACUAAUAAAUACACCAGCCAAGGAUUCGUUAAAUCCUCUACUCAAACCGUUGGAAGUCUCACGAAAACCGUCACCAACUCUAAAGUUACAUUCAAAGGAAAGCCCCUCAAUUAUUCAUUUGAUAAUCGCUCUCUGACUGUCUCGUAUGAUAAAUUUGGCCGUACUGUUACUGAAACAGAUGGAGAAUUUACAGUCGAUACAGGGUAUGAUGGUGUCAAUCGUGUAGCAAGUCUGACAGUUAAGAAAAGUGGCUCUGUAGCCAGUAAGACUGUUAUGACCUAUGAUGAUUAUUCUCGUGAAGCAUCACGCACUAUCACAUCAGGGGGUAAGACGAUUGUGAUAAGUCAGGAAUACGACUUGGAAAGCAAAGUAACAAAGAGGAAGACUACAAUUGAUUCUUCUUCUACUCUCACUGAAGACUUCACGUAUGAUGUGAAGAAGAGGCUAAGCACAUACACAGCCACCACUUCAGACAGUGCAUUGCUGCCUCGUAAUGAACAUGACCAAGCAUUCAAGUCACAGUCUUUUACUUAUGAUGAGCUUAAUAACAUCAAAACUCUUAUCACAAAGUUUCCAAAUGGAGAUUCAGACACUGCCACUUACACGUAUGAUUCGUCUAAGAGAUUUCAGUUGAAGCAAGUGAGUCAUUCACUUAUCAAAGGGAGGAAUGCUUACCCAGGUAAAGUUGCCUUCACUUAUGAUGCUGCUGGUAAUGUCCUUACAGUUGGUGACACCAGUUUCACUUAUACUAUUUCUGGUCGGAUGCGCUCCAAAGGCAGCACCACUUAUACUUACGAUGCUUUUGAUAGGCUCGUUCAGAGUGGUGACACUGCUCAGUUCUACUAUGGCCUUAAAGUCAUUCAGGAGGUCACAAGUUCUACUGUUAAUGAUUUCAUACUUCAUGGCAAAACUGUUGUUGCCCAGGUUUCAGGUGGAAAGACAAAAAUAUUUGGUCACAAUUCCCAGUCUUCUAUUGUUUCAGUGACCGAAGGCUCAACAACAGCUGCCACCACAUACGGCCCAUUUGGUACUGGUAAUAAUGGAGCACGUGUUGGUUUUAAUGGAGAAUUAAAAGAUAUUUCUGAUCCAAACCUUUAUCCACUGGGCAAUGGGACGCGUAAUUUUAUGCCAGGUUUUGGCAGGUUUUCUUCCUCUGAUACAUUGUAUAUGACCACCAGUGAGAUUAAUCCUUAUGCUUAUUGUAAUGCUGAUCCUGUGAAUGCUUCUGAUCCUAGUGGCCACUCACUAGGAUGGAAUAUAUUUGGGUUGAUUUCUGGUAUAGUAGGGCUUAUUAUGGCAAUUUUUACUGGUGGGUCAUCUAUUGUAGUAGCUAUGGGAAUUAUUGGUGGUAUUUCUGCUAUUACCUCUGCUUCAUUGGGUUUUGCAGCAGAUGCUGAGGCUGCUAAAGGUAAUGAUGACUUAGCCGCUACUCUUGGUAAUGUUUCGUUUGGUAUCGGAAUGUUGGGAUUCAUAUUGUCCUUAGGUGCUACAGCAGGAUCUGUUGGUAAAGUUGCAAAAGUACGGUCUAUAUUUAAAUCAAGUAAAUUGAAAGGUAAAAAUUUUUUGAAGUUUAUGGAUGACAAUGAUGCCAUCAGUUUUAAGACCAGCCACUCCAUCAGGUUCCGUCCGAAGUCAGGUUCAGGUAAUAUCACUAACUACAGGGAGCUCAAAGUGGGUCCUGAUGGUGUCUUUAGGGGCAAAAAAUACCCAAGUUUCAAGACGAGAGCAGGAGGAAAGUUCAAGACAACCCAAGCCCCAAUUGUUAAAGCAGAUCUUUUCACAUCUUCGGGUAAUCUAAGAUCUCUUCCAAGCCUUUUAUUUAAAACGGGAUCCCAUUUUGACAUAGUUCAUUUCACUUGGCAAAAUGUCCCUGGUACAGCUUACAGUUUGUACUCUUUCUUUGCUCCGAGUAGUUCUGAUGAAGAGCCUACUCCAAGCAGUGAUGUGUCUGUUGAAGCAGCCCUUAUUUCUGCUCAUGGUAUUCCAACCAAUUCUAAAUCAUUUUAUGAUGACAGCAGCGAUGAGGAGGAGGACAAAGAUUGA